AUGCAUAGCGCAAAUGCAGCAAUAACAAUCAGCCUGCAACAGGAUCAGCCCAACAGCCCCCAAGCCGGUGCCAUGCACUUACACUCCCUCAAGACCAAUAAACAACCCCUCGUCCGUGAUAAGAUCCGAGCCCCGAUAGCCCUUGCUCAACUCGUACGCUCGGUAGAUGGACCGGCCCAGAAUCAGGGCAACUGCCAGUCCCAAAAACGACAGGAACAGCCGCACUCUCGGCGUCAGGGCCUGCGUGCCGGGAUCCCGAGCAUACCGAAUCAUGUAUUCUGCAAAGGCGACGACGAAGAUGAAAAUCACAACGACCUGCAGCACCAAGCCGGCCAUGGUGAUGUCGACCCCCGCAUCGCUCGACCCCUUACUCUGCGUGGAGAGCGCACCGCCCGCGGCUUGGAGCGCGAGGCAUAUCAAGUCGGCGGGGAUGAAGAUCCAGUAGAAGAAGUUGGGGUUGAAGGGAGAAAGUUGCGGCGCGAGAUGUCAGGGGACUCACGUCUUGGAGAGCGUCACGUAGAUGGCGGCCGUGUAGAAUACCGGACCCGUGGUGAUGAAGAUGAUUUGGAUGAGGAAGGCGAUGAAGUCGAACGGGCUCUUGUACAGCAGAAUACGCGGCGCGUAUCCGACAAUCUCGACGAGGCACCCGGCCGUCAUAAAGGCCAUGAAGCCCCAGAUACAUGCGCGCUAGAUCUAAACCCGUCACAUAAUCAGCCAUGUACCCCUUACUGUUACGAACGACACUGCACAAGUGUCGCUGAAGGGAAAGACAGGUGCAGCGAAUGUGCUUUGCGUGGUUACACCAGCUGCAAUCCGGGCGGAACGUCUUCGGAUGCUUAUAAUCGUGUCCUUCGCGAAAAGGAUCGUCUCGACAGAGAACGUGCUUCGGCCGAGGAGGAUUUGGAGCGGGCGAUGGCUCGUUUGCAAAGGAUUCGUCGUCAGGAGAAAUUUUUGCGACAAAAGGCUGCGGAGAUGAUUGCUCGUGGUGUGGAGAGUCUGGACGAGUUAGAGGCCCAGGAGCGUCUGGAGUUGGAGUCCAACAUGCUCAAUCAGACACCCGAGUUUCUAGCAGACUUGGGUUUCCCUAUUCCUGAUGAGUUUUUAUUCUCUGGUGGAACUGUUCAAGCGACGUCGAGCAGUUCGUGA